CAUUUAUAGAUUACCACAUUUUUGCCACUUCUUAUUUUAACCUUCUCUUCCUUUUCUGAUUCAUUGAGUGGCAGGUUGUACGUAGAAACUAAACUCUUACGAUCAGUUUUAUUCGUACGCAUCUGGAAAAUCAUCAUCAUGAAAGAAUCAAAGAGCAGCAGUAGUCACCAGCGCCUGUUUGUGCGUCUCAAAACUCGUCUUCAGUUCGACAACGACUUCAAACUAAUGGCGGUGCUCACGGUGACAUCGUUAGUUUUAUCCACGAUUUUGAUCUAUAAAUACUGCAUCAAAGAUCCGAACGUCACGGUAUUAACUUCAAACAGCCUCCAACCUAUUCCAGGCGGUAGCGGCAAUUACACCGUGGAUUACGAAAAGAUUCAGCCGAGCUGGUCGGACUUCUACGCCUACGUCAGAGAAACCGUCGACGCCUGUCGGAAUAUGAAACAAUUUGGCGGCCUCGGGGAUCAUUUCAUUUUGAAAAAUGAUGGAGUGAAGAGCGUGUGUCUGGACGAGGGCGUUGCGCCCACUCCAGGCUCCUGCACCGUCCUCUCCUUCGGCAUCAACAACGAGUGGAGCUUUGACGACGCCAUGGAGGAGUACGGUUGUGAUGUGUACGCCUUCGACCCCACCAUGAGCGACCCCGAGCACAUCCGAGGCAAGAGAGUUCACUUCUACCCUCUGGGCCUCGGCGGUGUCACCCAAGAAGUCACUAUUUUCUUCUCCAAAUGCAAGGUGCUCACCUAUCGUGACAUCCUAGCAAAGAUCGGCAAGACGAGUUCAGUCAUCGACUACUUCAAGAUUGACAUCGAGGGCUACGAGAUUGACUUCCUAGAGAACGUGCUCUACGACGACCAGGAACUACUUUUCAGAAUCAAGCAGAUCGGCAUGGAAAUACAUCCAUCAAUUUUCAUAACUGAAAUGUCGGCGACGAAGCAGAAGUACUGGCGGCUCAUCCACAAGCUGCGAAGUUUAGGUUUCACACCGAUCUUCAGUGAGCACAAUCCUGUGUGGAUCAACACAUUCACGUUCGAUGGGAAAACAGAAUCAUGUUGUUAUGAAAUUGUAUGGAUUAAUGACCGUUUUGUGAAGAAAUGAGUUCAUAUGCAAAGUUUCUUUCCAACAACACAAUUUCUAUGAGACGUUUCGUACUAUACCAGGCAUGUUUUUCAAGUAUAUACCGUUUCGGAAUUUAGAAUAGACGUGCAAAAGAUAUCGCAAUAAUUUUAUUUUUACAAGAAAUUGUACCUUAAUCUACUUUUCUACAUAAUUUCCGUGAAUAUUGAGGCAUUUGUCACAAGGUGGCACCAGUUUUUCAAUACCCUCCUGAUAAAAUUCUGCCGCCUGACUUGUUACACCACUGCAUCACAAAUGUUUUGACUUCGUUAUCGUAUUGAAGACGCCGACCGCCCAGAUGUUUCUUCAAGUUCACGAAAAAAUGGUAGUCGCUGGGCGACAGAUCAGGGGGCUGGAUGGAGGAUGAUCUAGAGCAGUGGUUCCCAAAGUGGGCGAUAUCGCCCCCCUAGGG